GGACGAGCCGCUGCUGGCCGACAAGGAGCGGCAGGCCGUCAACAUGCUGGUGGACCUGUUCGAGCACCGCUCCACAGUGAGCUUCUACGACGGCGAGCCGCUGCAGGCCCUGUCGACUCUAGCGUACUCUGACAUAUACCACCUGCAGCUGUCGGCGGCAACGGCGUUCAGCGAGAUUUCGGAGAUUGACGCGCGGCCGGUGUCGCGCGAGACAAUGGAGCCCAUCCUCUACCUCCUGCAGUCGCCGCAUAUCGACGUACAGCACGGGGCAUCGGCGGCCCUGGGCAACCUGGCGGUUUGCCUGGAAAACAAGCUUCUGAUAGUGAAGAUGGGCGGGCUGGAGCCGCUUAUCCGGCAAAUGCUGUCGCCCAACGUGGACGCGCAGAUAAACUCUGUCGGGUGCAUCACAAACCUGGCGACGGCGGAGGAGAACAAGAUGAAGAUUGCCAAGAGCGGGGCACUGAUUCCGCUGACGCGCCUGGCCAAGUCGCGGGAUAUCCGGGUGCAGCGCAACGCAACAGGCGCGCUGCUAAACAUGACGCACAGCGCAGAGCACCGGCAGCAGCUGAUUAAUGCAGGGGCGGUUCCCGUGCUGGUCAGUCUGCUGGACUCGGAUGAUGUGGAGCUGCAGUACUACGCCACCACGGCGCUCAGCAACAUUGCCGUAGAUGCGUCUGGCCGGCGGCGACUGUGGGACUCGGAACCAACGCUGGUGGACGCGCUGAUUCGCUUUAUCGACACGUCGACAAUCAAGGUGCAGUGCCAGGCGGUGCUCACUUUGCGCAACCUGGCGUCCGACGAGGAAUACCAGAUACAGAUUGUCGAGAAGGGCGGGCUCGAGUCGCUGCUGCCGCUCCUGCAGUCGGCGUAUGUGCCACUGGUGGUGUCGGCGUCGGCGUGCCUGCGCAAUAUCUCGAUUCACCCAGCCAACGAGGAGCCUAUUGUCAGCGCUGGGUACCUGCCGUGCUUGGUCAACCUGAUCACGCAGUCAGACAACCGCGAGGCCCAGUGCCAUGUCAUCUCGGCGCUGCGCAAUCUGGUGGCCAACAGCGAGUCCGAUAUGGAGUCGAUUGCCGAGCUGGGCGUCUUUGACCACAUCAAGCCGAUUAUCUCGGAUGAAAACACCGACGAGGUCGUGCUGGUCGAGAUGACAGCGGCACUAAGCGUGUUUGCCCAGAACGACUCGCUGCGGCCGUACAUGUUUGCUGGCAAGUACCUGGAGCUGCUGCUGCCAUUCACACACCACGACUCGUACGACAUUCAGUACAGCGCAUGCGUGGCGAUCAGCGGCCUGGCGCACAAGUGCUACGAGGACAGCGACUAUUUUGUGCGCGCGUGGGAUCGGCCUGACGGCGGGCUGCAGUCGUAUCUGGCGUCGUUUUUGGCCCUCGACGACAGCAGUCUGGACGUCAGCCUGCGGUCUAUUGCCGUGUGGACUGUGCUGAUUCUGCUCGAAGUAGGGUCGCCAGAGCUCACGCAGCUGAUUACUGGCCACCCGUCAAUCAUCAAGAACAUCGAGGCUAUCGCGGAGGCGAGCACGCUGGCGAACGGCGACGAGAGGGGCGAGUAUGAUGUUGGGCCGGGGUACCGUGGCAGCAGGGCGCUGGACGGAGACGCGUCCAGCAUCGACUUUUUGGGUGACGAGGAAGAGUACGACCGCAUUGACGCGCUAGCACAGCAGGUUAUUGCGCUGGUGCAUGAAAUCGAGUACUAGACAAGCCCUGCCCUUGUGCAUCUCUUCUACCUCCUGCUACUUUCUGGCAUGCUACACCUCCCAUCCCACCACGCAUUUAGCCCAUGUAUCCCUGCAACCCUUCUUUGCUUUCCUCUUCGUCUCGCCGCUCUACAUAGCACUUUCCCCUGCUUUCGACCAAAUGUCGUUGUUUUCAUAAUACCAGCCUACUAUAAAUA